AUGAACAGUCCUCACUGGAUUUUGUUGACGUUAUUUGGGUUUGGAGUCUUGGCCAUCCUUCGUUUUUCUGAAGCACAAAAUCAAGAAGACUGUGGCUUGCCAUUGAACGAGUCUCCUUAUAUAGAACCGGAAAACGAAAUACAGUUCUCAUCAGACGAGACUUUCAUCAAAAGUGGAAAGAUCGGAAGAAUGCCGGAGAAUCUUGAAUCCGGUAACCUAAAACAAUACUUAACCCUACGGUAUUUUCCAGAUGGAAUACGAAACUGCUAUGAUCUAAGGGUGGAAAAAGGGAGGAAUUAUCUGAUUAGAGCUAUGUUUUUCUAUGGAAACUUUGAUGGGCUCAAUGUUCUCCCGGAAUUCGAUAUCUAUAUAGGUCCUAAUAAAUGGGCAACAAUAGAUCUUCAACAAGAACCAUUCGGUUCAGGUAAGGAGGUCAUUCACAUGUCAGAAACAAACUCUUUGCAAAUUUGUCUUGUCAAGACGGGGGCAACAACUCCAAUGAUAUCAGCUUUGGAACUACGACCUUUGGCGAAUGGUACUUACAUCGCUAAAUCUGGCUCCCUCAAACUUAACUUUCGCGUGUAUCUUAGCAACUCCACUGUUCUUCUUCGGUACGUAUUCAACUUCAAUCCAUAA